AUGAACGAAUCAGAGACAAAAUUCGUCUAUGUAAAGCCGCCAGUUAAACACAUGAUAUUAAAGAUCUACCAUACAAAUUCUGCUAAAAAUCUCGUGAAAAUGAGGCUCAGGGCCUCAUUGUUAUUGAUGAUCAUGGCGAAUAUCGCUCUUUUCUUUGCCGUUUAUGAGAUGGCGCCGCUCAACUCCACGAAUUAUUUAACUUUUGGAGCAAUAAUGCUCACCGCAAACGCUUUUGCGGCCAUUUCUGUCAUCAACGACAAUUGGAAAUUCUUAAUGCCACUUUUUAUUGUAUUGAUCCCCUGUGUUUUCACUCCAAUUCUCUUUUUCCUCUAUUACAUCUCAAUUCCACUUUUCUGCAAACUUGGCCGGAUCUUUGCGAAAAACGAAAGAAACGGAACUCUGACAAAAGAUGAUUUGAUUGACGCAUGUGUUCACGAAUUCCCCGCCACUGACUCGCCACAAGCAUACAUUUUUCUUUAUUUUGGUCUUGAGAAACUGUUGGAGCUCUACUUGGUCUCAAAACUGAUUCGCUUGAUGCAAAAAGAUCAAGAGUUUUUGAGAUCAAGAGAUCAAGAUGAACAAAGAAGGACAAAUGAUGAGGAGAGUGAGGAUGAUAUGAUUGUCUACGAAAAAAUCCCUCGGAACUCAUCAAAAGCUCACCCAACCGAUGUCAUCGAUCGACAUGCUCCAAUUCAA